UCGCUAUCACUUCCGGUCAUCUCAUGACUGUUUAUCCCAUCCUUCAAGAUGGAGGACGAAGUGGAUGUUGACAUCGAAGGAGACGAGUUUGAUGCUGAUAAUGGUGAGCAAGAUACUGGAGGUUUAUUAAAUGAGCAUUCUGCAUGGAGGAGCAACGCAGGGAUUCUGCCAUGGGAGUUGGACACCUCCAUCAGCAAAGAAAACCGAGAGGCCAUCCACAGAAUGCUAUUGGAGGAGCAAUACUACUUGAAAGGCCACGCUAUUCCCAACCAUAUUUGGUCAAGCGAUGCUAACAACAAGCCUAAAGUGAAGAAGUCUCCAGCUAAGAACUUGUCGUCCUCCUCCUCUUCGUCCCGGUGGUCCAAACAAGAGAAAGAGUUGUUCGAAGAUGGGCUGGCUCAGUUUGGCCGACGGUGGACCAAGAUCGCAAAGUUGGUGGGCAGCCGCAGCGUCCUUCAGGUCAAGAAUUAUGCCAGACAGUACUUGAAACACAAAAUCAAACUUGAUCCGGUUGUGGCAGCUCCCUCUACGGGCACCACUUCUGCUUCACCCCCUGCUCAGCCAAGCUUUACCAACACAGUGCGCAUGGAGAGACCAGAUGAAGACGAGGAUGAAGACGUGGACAUCACAGACGACACCUGCGGCGAGCGUGAAUCCAGCCCUCCCCCUGCGUCAUCGCCUGACCUUUUGGAGGAGCCAGUGGAGGAACAAAGCCCCGACGAUGAAGCAUCAACAGACUUCAAGCAGGCAGAGAACGAAGUGGAGGACGAAGCUUUGGCACCUGACAGGCCUGAACAAAAUCCGGAGGAAGAAGAUGAGGAGGAAGAACUGAAAGCACCAGAACAGGAAGUGGAGUUGGAUGUAGAAAUCAUCAGCGAGGACGAGAAGCAAGCCAUUCCAGAGUUCUUCGAGGGUCGCCCUUCCAAGACGCCUCAGAGAUACUUGAAGAUCCGCAACUACAUCCUGGACCAGUGGUUGAAGAGCAAACCCAAAUACCUGAACAAGACGUCGGUCCGACCGGGUUUGAAGAACUGCGGUGACGUCAACUGUAUCGGGAGGAUUCACACGUACCUGGAGCUCAUCGGUGCCAUCAAUUUCAACUGCGAACAAGCGGUGUACAAUCGGCCGCAGGUGGCGGAUCGGACGAAGCAGAAGGAGGGCAAAGACGUGCGGGAGGCCUACCAGCUGGCCCAGAGGCUACAAAGUAUGCGGACCAGGAAGCGUCGCGUGAGGGACACGUGGGGUAAUUGGUGUGAUGCCAAAGACUUGGAGGGACAGACAUAUGAGCAUCUAAGCGCCGAGGAGCUAGCCAUGCGCAGAGAGCGAAACAAAGCCUGCAAGGUGUCAAGACACAAAGAGUCUUUUGAUCCCUUUCAACUUAUUCCAUGUCGUUGUUUUGGAGAGGAAGUGCAGGAACCAUUCAGAGUCAUUGUGUGUGCUGAAACGUUGCUGAUUAUGGACAUGCAUGCUCACGUGUCUCGAGGCGAAGUGAUCGGUCUGCUCGGUGGAACUUUCAACGAAGUGGAAAAAGUGUUGAAGAUCUGCGUGGCCGAGCCGUGCAACAGCGUGAGCACAGGCCUCCAGUGCGAGAUGGACCCUCUGUCUCAGACGCAGGCCUGUGACAUGAUCUCCUCUCUGGGCUUCAGUGUGGUGGGCUGGUACCACUCCCACCCGUCCUUCCACCCCAACCCUUCCGUGAGGGAUAUCAACACGCAGGACCAGUUCCAGAAGUACUUUUCCCGCGGUGGCGCGCCCUUUAUCGGGAUGAUAGUGAGCCCAUAUGACCCCGCCAAUCCCUCCCAUCAUUCCCAAACUACCUGUUUAUUGGUUAAAGACAGCCAAGAGUCCCCGACACCGCAAAAGCUUCCCUACAAAUUCGACUUCCUGCCAUCACAGGACAUCCCUGACUGGGAUCAAACUUUAAGACGAGCCCUGUGGAUCGUCCACAAGUACUCACAAAAAUCAGGGAGCGUGCACAUGGAGCGAUUUUUCCGGAGGGACUCCCACCUCACAUGUCUAGAAAAGAUGCUGUCGUCGCUUGCCAGGUAUCUGGAGCCGCUUCCCGACGAGGAGGGAGAAGCUUUCCUCAAUCAGAUCCACGCCAUCUUCCUGUCUGAUUUCAUCGCCCACCAGCAGCAGGAAACUGAAAAUGAGCGCCAGGAGAGCAACUUGUUGAAUAACUCGCCCGUACACAUGAAGUCGGGUGAUGUGGAGGACGAUACGGGUGGCGAGCCAACACACUCCAAUACUGUGUUGCAUCUCGGCUCUGUGCUUUCCACUGGGCACGAUUAUUUACUCUGAUGCUGUACAUUUGUAUACAUUUUGCUUUUAACGAGACAUGUACAGUUUACGGACAUUCAAACCAUAUUAACUCAGAGGGCUAGCAAAGAAUGAUCAUUUUUCAGUGCCAUUGAUGGCAAUAGACGUCCGAUUGGGAACUGGGAAAUUCAGUCACAACAAAUUAAUUGUAUCGUUACUGCAUGUUUUAUUUCACCGUGCAUUUGUAUUCAUCCUAGAAAUUUCCUUAAAAUCCCAGUUUCUUUUUGCAAGUUGUUUAUCGGUCUUGAUUUUCAAAUCAUGGAUUGGCAUCAUGGCCAUGAUUAGCUAAAGUGUAUAAGAAAUUCUUAAAACUUGCCAUCGCAAAUGUUAAGAUCUGUGGUUCUGAACCUGGGUUCCGUGAGUAAGUCUACGGGGUUUGUCGAAGGCAAACAAAGAGCCCUAUUUUCGUCCGCUGAAUUUAGGCAAAGUGGCUUUUUAGACCAGGUUUUGGACUGUUUUAUUUUUUAAUUUACAGACUCAAUCCAUUUCUUUUAACUGCCAGUCCUCGAUCUGAUGGCAGGAGGAACUAGUUUGCUCAGUGGAAGGUUGACUCACACUUGGUAUGAGGGAAUACAACAGACCAAUGGGCAGUGUGGUCUCAAAUUUUGAACUGUUAUUAAACAUGCUGUCAAAAUGAGAAUUUUGAACGGGAAUUUGCUAAAUUAUUAGCUUGCUAGUUUAGAUGAUCGGUUUUGAAUUUGAGAAAAAUUGCUUCAUUUUCUAAUUCCGAAGGGGUCGGUGAACCCACAUGUGAAACUUGUGGGGUUCGGUACCUUUAGCAAGGUUAAGAACCACUGGUUUUGAUCGCGUGUUAACAGAAAAAAAUGUAGUGCACAGAAAAUGUCAAUAAGUAAUAAUCACCUAAAAGAAAUACCUCAAAAUACAUCUUGGUAAAAUCAAAGUGUAUCGUUAAUGCACA